UUUUUUGUAGGGCGUGACCCGUUUCUGCGCGCCUGACUCCGCCACUGGCUCCAGCAUGUAGGCCCGGUGCGCGCAGGCUCGACCCGGCCGAGCGGUCGGAGGGGGCGUGACGCGCCGACAGUGUGUGGCGCCGAGCCAUGAGCAGGGUCGCCGACGCCGACUGCUUCUUCGGGGGCCGCGAGGAACUGCUCUCGCCUGAUGAUAGCAUGAACGCCUGCUUCACGGCGUUUGACAAAGACAGGGACAACCGGCUGAGUGUGGUGGAGUUCGGUGGCCUAUGCAGGGCCCUGUUCCGAAACGAUGCUGGCAAGCCCUACCUCCUGGAGGCCAGGAAGCUGGCCGAGAUGUUCAGCGUCUUCGACAAAAACGAGGAUGGCUACAUUGACCGAGAGGAGUUCAAGAUGUGCUGGAGCAAAUGGAUCAAAACGGUAGUUCGGCCGGUGUCGGCGUUCGUCAUUGUGGAUGUGCAGAACGACUUCAUCUCGGGGUCGCUGGCCGUCUGCAACUGUUCCGCUCAGCAUAAAGGCGAGGAGGUUGUCCCAGUCAUCAACGAGGCUUUGGACACCAUCAAGUUCGACGUCGUGGCCUACUCGAUGGACUGGCACCCGAACAACCACCUCUCCUUCGUCACAAACGUCGCCAAGUACCCGAUGCAUCCGUCGUCGAAGGUGAAGGCGGCGGAUGCCAAGUUGUACGACAAAGUGGUCUAUGAUGGCGAUCCGGUCAAGGAGCAGAUCCUGUGGCCGCCUCACUGCAUCCAGGACUCGUGGGGGGCCGAGCUGCACCCCGACCUUAAGAUCGUGGACAACGCCCUUUGGAUCAAGAAGGGCUACGACCCCGAGAUUGACUCGUACUCAGCGUUCUUCGACAACGCCAAGAUCUCGGACACGGGUCUGAGUCGACAGCUGAGACAGCGUGGGGUCACCGACGUCUUCGUCUGCGGCAUCGCCACAGACGUCUGCGUGGGAGCCACCGCCAUUCAUUCUCUGGAGGAGGGCUUCCGAACCAUCAUUAUGGACGACGCGUGCCGGGGGGUCAGCGCCGAGGACAUCGAGACCCUCAAGCAGGACAUCAUGAGAAACAGUGGAGUCAUCGUCGCCACGUCACAGGUGAAGUCGAUGGUGCAGGGCCGCGACCGCCGGCCGGAGCUGGGCUACAAGCUGGCGCUGAUGCUGCGCGACGCUCGCCCGUGCUAGGCGGCGCCCUAGUCGCACGCUCCAGGCCGCACGCCCGGUAGAGGCGAAGCAUGGCUGGCAGCCGGCGACAGAGCACGCGCCGCCCAGCCCGCUAGACUAGGAGACGGGACCCUUCUUCAGUAGGAGUCUGGUGGCACGGACGGUGGUUCGCUGACGGUGCGGUAGAUGAAGGCAAAAGGAACGCUGGCUGGGUAAUGGUAGUCGGGUCUCAUCUCGCAGGCGUACUCUUCCUUUUCGCCCAUGGUAGUCCAGUGUAUUACGGUUGUGCACGUCAUGUUUGCAACGUUGCGUCCGUCCGAUUCGACGUUUUUUGCUGUUAAAGUGAAAGUUCGUCCGAACUCUGUCUGAGUUGACGCGUUUCAUGCUAUGUGCACGCAUUGGCGUCAUCUCUUGGGGGUUUCUAAUGAUGCAGCUCGAGCUUGUGCAGAGGCUAUGCAAUUGAGGUUCAAUAUCAGUUCGCCUGCCGAAGCUGGACGGCACAGACACUCGCAGUGAUAUGACACAUUCCACAUUGUUCAGAUUCUGUUCUGCCUUCGUGUUGCCACCAUAUACAUCGUAAAGCACGC